CAGGGGCGGACUGACCAUUUGGAAACUCGGGCACUGCCCGAGGGCCCAGGGUCAGUAGGGGGCCCCAUAAAAUGCCCCUGGUACCUUUAUCAUAGGGUUUUUUGAGUUUUGGCAAGGACAGAGGGGCCCCAUGAUCCCCUAUUGCCCGGGGGCCCCAUGAGUUGUCAGUACGCCCCUGCUUGCAAUGACUUUUUAUGGUGUGCUUUGACACAAGGGCCCCAUGAUCCCCUAUUUCCCGGGGGCCCCAUGAGUUGUCAGUCCGCCCCUGUGCCCUAUUACCUUUUUUAUAGAAUUUUUACGGUGUGCUUUGACACAGGGGCCCCAUGAUCCCCUAUUGCCCGGGGGCCCCAU